GGAAGAGAUUGGUGGCAAACUGCCAGUGGUCGCGUCUGCGCUUAGUCACAUGCCUGCCCCGCGGCCGUGCCGCGCGACCUCAUGGCCUCCUUCGUUCCUGUCAGGCAAGCUGCCAGCUGGAUUCAGGCGGCUCUUGUUUGCUUUUCUCUGUUGCCGACUAGCUCCAAAAAACGUCAACCUGAGCAGGCAGCCACGCCCUCCUUGCUUGACCUGAGACGAACUCUUGUUUUCGUUGGCCAUUCUCGGUUAUUUACGGCGUUUUUAUCUGCUUCGAUCCGACCGACCGCUACCAAGUGGGCCGGCCCAAAAUGGCUCAGGCUGCGGCUCUAAUUUCGGACAUCGUCGUCUUGCCCGACGAGAUUCUCCUCCAGGUACUGCAGCUGGUGGGGCUCAAGACGCGCUGCUGGUGCCCAUCUCCGUUCUGUCACUUCCGGUGCAGCCACGACCACAGGGCCUUUGAUGCAAAGCGUUUCUUCCCCCUCCUGCUGGUCUGCAGACGCUUUCUGCGCAUUGCCCUGCCCUUGCUCUACGAGUCGCUGGUCUUUGAUUCCUCCCAGUCUCCCGGCCCCUCCUCGCCUCGCCAUGAGCUUUGCCGGAGACUGGACGUGUCGGCCUGGACCGAGAUGUGGACCACCAACCAACCCGACACCCUGUUGAAGGUCAAGACGGCCACUUGUCUCUCCUUCACCCCCAACAAUCCCGUCAACUCCAAGCCCGAGUGCGCAAAACUGCUUCUUGAUGUCCUAGGAAACAACUCCACGAUGCAGUACCUCCAGAUUUCCUUUUUGGAGAUCGCCAACAAACCCGAGCUGGCCCGCAACAUACUGCGCCAGGUCUGCCGCCUGAAGCACUUGAAGGUUCUGGAUAUGGUCGAUAACAGCGUCCAUGACCAAACACAAGAUCCAACGGGGAUUACCUCACUCUGCAGACUGCGCGUGACGGACGACGAGAUGGGCACUGCUUCUUUUCGGAGACUGCGCGUCACCGGGACACCGGACAGUAUUGGACAUUUUGCGUCAUUGUCCCGAACUCUCGAGCACUUCAUCAUGAAUGUUGACGUCGAGGAUGUUCGCCUAAACCUCCCCGACGUCCGGCAAAUGCUGCUUCCCCAUCGAGCAACGCUUGAGACCCUGGAGAUCGGAGUCCUGGGAGAACACCAGGUCGUAAAAGGCCGGCUUGACCUUGGCGACUUUACAGCUCUCAAGCAGCUUACUCUUGCGACGCCACGGCUGAACUACAGCGGCUUCGCAAAAGCCUUUGUCAUGCUGGGCCCGAGCCUGGAAACCUUUGUCUGGGACGCCCGCCAUAGUAGCUUCUAUUCCUCGUACGAGGACUACAAGUGGACAUCGAUUGACGACGAGGUUGAGACGUGGUUGACGUCCUUGGCGCAUGACGCCGUGCGAUAUGCCGCACCUUUGCGCAACAUUCAUAUCAAGUAUGAGCCCGAGCGAGUGUGGAUCACAAAAGAUAUAUCCCCGACCUCGUACCCCUGGGUCAAAUUGGAGAUGAUUCAGCAGAAGAUAGUCGCCAUGGGCCUCAACUGCUCGUACUCGCCACCGAAAAUCACCGAACAAGAGUUCCGGGAAAAAAUAGAGAGUGAGAUCGCAUACGCAUUGCCAUCGACUGAGCCAAUAAGGCACUAGAUAGUUCGAGUCAACGACUGGCUUGCCACCGUCGUUUCUGAUUAUUGUAUUCAUUCGCUAAUGAGGAACAUGUCACACGAUAUAAAAAAUGGUCUAUGCCAUGUUUAAAUUCCAUUUCCCAGUUCUAGUUAGCGUCGAUGUCGGAUUGGCCGAGCCUUGCCUCAAACACACACCGAACAGGACACUGAUCACUGGCCCAGCCUCAGCCACCCACAAGCGCCGCUGAUUCUCCUAAAAUUCGCUACUCUCCCUCGCGAUUUCGACCAUGUGCAGAACAGACUCACACUCAAGCCUGAGGAGACUACUUGCCAGCCCAUAAUCAGAGCCGAAACGGUGAAAUAUAGAUCUUCGAGGU